AUGGCCAAGUCUUCAGAACCAAACAGAAACCCCAAGUACGAUCCUAAGAAGGUGCACAUUACUGAAACACCAAUCACCAAGUCGAACUGGUACAAGCAUGUCAACUGGCUCAACGUCACCCUCAUUGUUGGCAUCCCACUCUACGGCUGCAUUCAAGCCAUCUGGACUCCUCUGUAUUUGAAGACCGCUCUCUGGGCCGUUGCCUACUACUUUGCAACCGGUCUUGGUAUCACAGCUGGCUACCAUCGAUUGUGGGCUCAUACUUCCUAUUCGGCCACUCUCCCACUCCGAGCAUUCCUGGCUUUUGUUGGUGGUGGUGCAGUUGAAGGGUCAAUUCGAUGGUGGGCAAGAGAUCACAGAGCACAUCACAGAUAUACCGACACAGAGAAGGAUCCUUACUCUGUUCGAAAAGGCCUCCUCUACUCCCACUUCGGCUGGAUGUUGAUGAAGCAGAACCCAAAGAGAAUUGGACGAACCGAUAUUUCCGACCUCAACGAAGAUCCGGUUGUUGUUUGGCAACACAAGCACUACCUCAAGGUCGUCAUCUUUGCUGGUCUUGGCUGGGGUGACUACAUGGGUGGCUUCAUCUAUGCCGGUAUCCUCAGGAUUUUCUUCGUCCAGCAGGCUACCUUCUGCGUCAAUUCUCUAGCUCAUUGGCUCGGUGACCAGCCAUUCGACGACCGAAACUCUCCACGUGAUCACGUCAUUACUGCUCUCAUUACUCUUGGUGAGGGUUACCAUAACUUCCACCACGAAUUCCCUUCAGACUACCGCAACGCUAUCGAGUGGUGGCAAUAUGACCCAACCAAAUGGAGCAUCUGGGUAUGCAAGAAGCUUGGUCUUGCUUAUGACCUAAAGCAAUUCCGAUCCAACGAGAUCGAGAAGGGUCGUGUACAGCAGCUCCAGAAGAAGCUCGACCAGAAGCGAGCUGUCCUUGACUGGGGUGUUCCUCUUGACCAGCUCCCAGUCAUGGAGUGGGACGAGUACGUUGAACAAGCCAAGAACGGUCGAGGUCUCAUCGCUGUUGCGGGUGUUGUCCACGAUGUUUCAGAUUUCAUCAAGGACCACCCAGGUGGCAAGGCCAUGAUCAGCUCUGGCAUUGGCAAGGAUGCCACUGCCAUGUUCAAUGGUGGCGUCUAUCUACACUCCAACGCUGCACACAACCUGCUCUCCACCAUGAGAGUUGGUGUGAUUCGAGGUGGUUGCGAGGUUGAGAUCUGGAAGCGAGCACAACAAGAAUCCAAGGGUGAUGUGCACACUGACUCAUCAGGUCAGCGUGUUGUUCGGGCUGGUCUGCAACCCACCAAGGUCUUGCAGAACAUUAGCAGUGCUGGUGCUGCUUGA